GUGGACUCUCUAAGAAAUCCAAUGCAUCAUUUGGAAACACGCGUCUGCAUCGUGUGGGGGGUACACAGAGUGUGCUCCACCAUAAAGCCAGUCCCAACAUAACCUUCCGAUCCUGACAGGCAGAAAUGAAUGCAAGUCGUAGACGCCUCCAUAGCAGAGUGAAUUGCUCCAGCACCGGGAAGCUCCCGUCCCUCUCCCUGGGGGCUUAAUUGUUGCUGGAGACUCCCAACGAGCUGCGUCCUGGUGCAUUAGGCGGAACUACCCACUUUUACGCGUUCCGCUGAACUCCGGAAAACUCUUCUGCAGAGACUGUUACGAAGUCGUUUAGACAGCGAAAUGUAACAUAUUCGAGUCGCUCAAGUUUUCGGGACAACUGAGAAUACCGGUUUUGAACGCUGCCCGCAGGAGUUAACUGUGUUUGUAUGCGGACUGGCACGCUCUACCUUUCAGAUAAACGUGAAGCAGCCUCAGCUCAUACAGCGGUAACAUCUACAGAAGCUGCUACGCUUCGACUAUAACCAACCCGUGCUCCGUGUGUAUGUACUGGACGCGCGUAAAUGAAGGACGCAGCUGCCGGGAUUCCCUUGUUGCUUUUGUGCUCCACUUUUAUCAAAGAGACGGAAGAGAGAAUAUUUCGCAAACGAAAGGAAAAAAAACGUGGAUGAGAAAGCCUCAGAGGAAGCUGGAUUGAAUGUCUGACUGAACCCUGUGACCUGCACCAAUGCUAAAAUUGAAAGUUUGCCUCAGAAUCAAUGCUGUGAAGAUACACAGGCAUUUAACACCUGGGAUCUGGAAAGAAAAUACACUUUGCUGAUCUUGGCACUUGAGCAAACUUGCAUAUAUACCUACUAAAUUCCUCCGUGGAUAUGGAACAAUUGUCUGUGGCUUCAUAACUAGAACUGUUCUUUGCGCCGUUUUGAUUUUUAUCAUGCAACCGCUCGUCAACAUCAUCACAGACGCCAGCCGAGUUUUGUUGCGAACCUUAAUUCGCGUGGACUGGAGAGAAGAUAAGACAGGCAACAAGCAAACCUUUGUAUCUAGCAUCAUCAUCUUCGAACAUGCAGCUCCCCACUUAGUAAUAUUGAAAAGGAGGAGCCCAUUAAAGCAUUAGAUAGAUAGGAAAGCCUGGGCUGAAGGUGUGGCUGCUGGCUGCUGCUGCUGCUGCUGCUGGUGCGGCUUGGAGAUGAGAUAAGAGCGUUGGGGAAAGAGAAAAGACCUCCCCGUCUAACCGGAGCUGAAUACUAAUGAAGACUUGGCUACAACAGUGAACAGAAUCAAUAAUGGCGUAGUGAAAUAGACAAAUCAGUCUGUCAUUGAAGUCGAAUGAAUCAUCAGGAUCAUAAUUAUAAACUGAAAUGAUGGAUUUAGACAUUUGCUAAAGGUUGACAUGAUUUUUUUGUAAUCAAAUGGAAAGUAAAGUCUUAGGAACAUCACCGACAAUGCAACAUCAUAGUAAAGUGUUCAUCCAUGGCGCGCCUGAACUGAACUGAUGCUGUUUUUUAUUAGGAUAAGGCAGGUCUAAACCUUAUGAAAAAGAGGAUUUAAAGGAGCUAAGAUGGAGUUUGAUAAUAGCUCGCUGGACUACUUCACCAGUAACUUCACAGAGCCUCCAGACACUGCCACAGUUCCCCCCUGGAGCGAGGCCACUCUCCUCAGCCUCCAGGUCUCCCUGUCUGCCCUGUUGGCCAUCGUCACCCUGGCUACUGUGCUGUCAAACGCCUUCGUCAUCGCCACCAUCUUUCUGACCAGGAAGCUGCACACGCCUGCCAACUUCCUGAUCGGCUCCCUCGCCGUCACAGACCUGCUGGUGUCUAUUCUAGUCAUGCCAAUAAGCAUCGUGUACACCGUCAGCAAGACGUGGUCGCUGGGCCAAAUUGUUUGUGACAUCUGGCUGUCGUCAGACAUCACGUUCUGCACGGCCUCCAUUCUGCACCUGUGUGUGAUCGCAUUGGACCGCUAUUGGGCGAUCACGGACGCGCUGGAGUACUCAAAGCGACGCACCAUGCGCCGGGCGGGCAUCAUGGUCGGGGUGGUGUGGGUGAUCUCUAUAUCGAUUUCCAUGCCUCCACUAUUCUGGCGGCAGGCCAAAGCCCACGAGGAGCUCACAGAGUGUAUGGUGAAUACUGAUCAGAUCUCUUACACUCUCUACUCCACCUUCGGGGCCUUCUACGUUCCCACAGUGCUUCUCAUCAUCCUCUACGGACGGAUUUACGUCGCUGCGCGUUCUCGCAUUUUCAAGACGCCAUCGACGUCUGGGAAGCGUUUUACCACAGCACAGCUCAUCCAGACCUCUGCGGGCUCCUCUCUCUGUUCCCUUAAUUCUGCCUCCCACCAGGAAGCACAUCUACACUCUGGCAAUGCUGGAGGUGGUGGAGGUGGAGGUGGAGGAGGAGGAGGCGGAGAAUCGCCUCUGUUCAUGAACAGUGUGAAAGUGAAGCUGGCAGACAGCGUGCUAGAGAGGAAACGUCUGUGCGCAGCGAGGGAGAGGAAAGCGACCAAGACACUGGGAAUCAUCCUGGGUGCGUUCAUUGUCUGUUGGCUCCCGUUCUUCGUUGGCACACUCGUCUUGGCCAUAUGUAAAGAGUGCUGGUUCGAUCAAGUGCUCUUUGACAUCUUCACCUGGCUGGGAUACCUGAACUCCCUCAUUAAUCCCGUCAUCUACACCGCAUUUAACGAUGAGUUCAAGCAGGCUUUCCAAAAACUCAUCAAAUUUAGACGAUGCUCGUGAAAAUAAAGUGGAUGUUGUUUUCCGGGAAAACAAAGAGUGAAAGGGACAAACAGGAAGUCAGAUGAUAUUGAAAAUGGACCUGGACACUUGAACGUCUUGUCUUGUGGACGUAUUCUAAAUGUGCUUUUGUUUAUUUUUUCAUCCCAACAGCUCUACGCCAUUGACCUUUAGAGACGUAUCGUAUAUCUUAUGGACUCAUGCAUGCAUCUUUAAAAAGAAGAGAAUAUCUUUAGAGUCGCUUUAAAAACACAAAUACAUGCGGUCUGAAUGAAGCCCAGUCACAGACAUGUUGCCGUUAUUUCUCGGGACAAAAGCAAAGAUUCUAAACAAACAUGGACUCGUGUGACUGUGUGAAGCGACUAAGCUCAGUAAGCGACUGGAGUUAAUCCAGCGGAAAUGAAAAGCCAUUCAAUAUAUGUUGUCUUAAUAUAUGUGUUGGCCUUGUGACAGACUGGCGACCUGUACACAGUGUACCCCGCAUUUCGAAAAUAAUACCAGCUAGGAUGGAUUUCAACCUUCCCUGUGACCCUCAAAAGGAUGGAGUGGGUAUGGCUAAUGGAUGGAUGGAUGGAUGGAUCUCUGUGUCAUAUGGUUUGCUGCUGCUCCCAUAUUAUGUUUCUAUGGUACAGUAAAGUACUCAGAAAAAAAAAAUACACUUUGAAGUCUCCACUUAUACUUGAAAAAGGUGUGCGUGUGUACGGGAGCGUUCAGGUCAUAACUGAAAUAUAUGGGUGUUUGAAGAAGGGAAGCAUGAUCGAGUGUUUGUCAUUUAUACACGCUAUUCUCCAUGGCAACGAUCGUUUUGAGGGGUCACGUGUGAUAGUGUCCCUAAUGAAAAUGUUCAUUUUACCUUCAUGUGAGAAAAUGCCAUUAGCAGAUGCCAUGUGCUUGAAUUCCACGUGGACAUUGACUCAGAUCAGCGGUUUCUGAUGGAUUCUAUGUGCCAUAUUUCACGAUAUGAUAGCUAACAUGAAAGCUUUGGGUGUGUCUCACAGUUGACUUUUUGAUGUGUAAAUGAUAUAAAGAAGCACCGUGAACACAAACAGUGGUGUUAAAAAAAUCAAAUAGACGGUGGAUUAAAAAAUAUCUUUAAGGAAGAAAAAUCUAUCAAACAAGUGAUCUCAUUGUUUAUGGGUGGGAAAUAUGUGACUUCAUAACCUGUAUGUUGAAGGUGGAUUUAAUUAUUCAUCAAUGAAGUAAAGGAAACGUGUCUUACAGGUGUGGUUUUCAUUAUUGGGUUGUAACAAUUGAUAUUUAUUUUUUUUAUUUUGCAAGCAUGAAGUCAAAGUUGGAUAACCUUCAAGUGUUCAGGAAGAACCGCUGGAGUCCGGUCUCUGCCAGCUGCUGUGGGCUUCAGCUCUUCAGUGAAUGAAUGACCUUCAAAUUCUGUUGGAUAGUUGCGUUUCUUUUGUUUUUUGUGAAACAGGAUGCUGGAAUUAUGACACCACUGCAAAGACGCUACCACAGAAUGAUUGUGGUGCAGAUUCGCAGUCGGUUCCUCACAUCAAUUUCUCAUCUUCAUGCAUAUUUACAGCCUUGUGGUACCACAACAUGGUAGGCUGGGGAGCCUCAGUGCAAUUAUGCUGGAAUAUGAGCUUAGUCACUUAAAAUAAAUAAAUGAUUUUGCAUUUCCUAAUAGUGAUUCCCAGUUAAUUGACAUAUUGAGUCAUUGCCGUUACAGUUGUCAGGGUACUUUUAAUAUGUUCCAUUGAGUCAUAUCCUUAAUGAUCAUUGAUAAUGUGUGUGUAAAGCUGCAAUAACAGACUGUCUGGCUGCAUGGGAAUGGCGGAUACAAAGUGGAAAGAGAACACCGACAUACAGCAUUGUAACCUCUGAAUGUCUCUUUUAGCUCUUUUUUGCUCUACCAACUAUUAGCUAGCUAUUGGCUGCAAAAGUAGAAUUUCUGUUUUGUAGAAAUUUUGCACAGUGGGUUUGUCUGGGCUUAGAUUUAAAUUUAAAUUAAAUUUUGCCUUGGUUAUCUAAGGAAAACAGAUUUAUUGGUCAGAGUUGUCACUCAGUUGUGCACUGACAGGUAAUUAGUGCAGAGAUGCACCAUUUUCCCUUUAAUGUACCAGCUCAGCUUUAGAUAAAUAAUCAGUUGUCAAGGAACCUAAUGGCUUAUGUGACCUCACUGUGUCCAAUUAAUUACUCCAAGCUCUGUGAAGUGCCACAUUAACCCUGUGACAAAGUGUGUGUGCUCUGAAUCUAAGUAACAACAAUGCUGUCAAAAUAAAACCUAAUUAUACAUGAUAUGGGAUAAAACAUGCCACAGUUAGCCUGGAAAUGUGUCCUAAUCACUUAGUGUGGAAAACGAAAAUAGAAAAAUGGCUGGGAAUGCACAUGUACCAAUGACGUGUUUAAUAAUAGUGACUUUC